CACAAACCACGAAAUUUAAUACGAGUUUGAAUUUAAUUGGAUCGUACUUAACAGCGACUUUUUGCCAGUUAUUUGGUUUCGAAUGGUUACCUAGUUAAUUGGGGUACUAGAACUAGUAACUUCUGACUUGUGCCAUGGAGACCAAGAAGACUACGCAGGACGCUCUAGAAAGCCGUUCGUUUGCAGUUGGGGAUCUUGUAAUGUCGUUUGAUCCGUUUGUUUGGGUAAUGGAGAGGAGUGCUUAUAAAACACGUUGCGCCUACUGUCUGCAAGAAAGUCAGGAACUACAAACCUGUUCGGGAUGCAAACUGCACCGCUACUGUAGCGUUGAAUGUCAGACAGCUGACUGGAAGGUGGAGCACAAAACUGAAUGCGCCUUGCUAAUGAAGAUCGGGCUGGGCACUGGCAUUGAGAGGAAGCCUGAUCCCUCUGGCUGCGGUAUUCGGUUCAGUUUGGACGUACCCACAGAUCUCAUUGCCAAGAUUGUGAACAAGAUCAAGCUGAAUGCGGUGACCGAUGUGAUUGGAUUGGGCCUGAAAUCAGCCAAAGAGAUGUGGGACAUGCUGCCGUCUAAUCCGAAAUUCGCGCGCAUGGACAUCAAGCAUCAUCGGGGACUAGAUGUUAUGCAACGAGAGUUUGGCCUUGACCUACCCGAAAUGGAAACGUAUGCUGCGAAAAUCGGUUACAAUAUCAUGAACAUCGUGGAUAUGCCGAUUAUGGCACCCAUUGGUAUGGCACUGUUUCCCCCGGUGUCCCCCCAGCUUAUGACGCCGGUGUGCUGGGAUGUGAAUGUCGUGUUGAGCUUCCGCGGACGCCGCUUGUUCCUCCGUGCUGUGGAGGAUAUUCCGAAUUACACCGGACUAAAGGAUCUACGGUGCAAUGAAAUUAUGAUGACGGACCCGUUCUCUCUUACACGUGCCGGGCGCCGUACUACGUUCAAGAAUCUGCACGGAUAUCCGUGCACAUGCCGGAAAUGCACCACUCAAUAUGAGGCAGAAAUUAAUCCGUUGAAGUGUACUACGGUUGGGUGCACGAAUCGCAUUCCGAGCGAUGAGCGCGCUCUGCAGCCCUGUGCGGAAUGCGGCGCACUUAACUCCAAACGAUUGGCGGAGUUCCGUUGCUUCAUGGAAGAUCACGAGGAGAUUAUGACGGGCUUCCCGGCGCAACUGCACACAAGUAUGACUGCCUCUCUCCUCGAAGACGUGGACGCUGCGGACAUUCUGCAGCCGGAUGCGCAUUUCCGCUACGUCUGCGGCUGGGAAUUGCCGCGGAAAUUAUUCGAUGAGAACCGUUUUGAGGAGGGCUGGAAACUGAUGCAAGAGUUGAUCGUCUGUUCGCGGAAUAUUUACCCGAAGUACAACGUGUCUCACGCUAUGGAGCUGUCGUUGGCCGGCGUAUCGGCGGCUUCGGCUCUCAAGAAUCGGGUCCUGGAGAGGAUUAAGCAGUUGAACGACGAGGAAAAGAAACAACUGAAAACCAUGACGGACAGCGCGUGUCCCGUAAUGCUGGAUUAUUGCCGCGAAGCACGGGACAUCUUUGUCAUGCUGUAUGGGGAGGAGUCGAAGGGGGCUGUUGGUGGGAAUAUGCUGCUUGCCCGAACUGAGGGCUUUGUGCGCCAGAUCGAGCAGGCUUUUCGUGGCCGACAGUAAUGUGGACAGUUCGGUAGGUUGGUUUGCGUUGAACAACCUGUACUCAUUUGUCUCCAGUAGUUUGUUCAGAAAUUGGCGCGCUUCUCAACUGCUUGGCUUAAUCCUGCUUUCAGUAUGAAAUACCUUUGUCUUGGAAAAUGUAGUUGUUUAUUUGGGAGCAGCUUUCGCUUUUGUUCAUUCUCCUGUCGCACUGUACGUUCAGAAGUCUUGUUUUCUCAUAGUAGUGACAAAGUUUCACGGCUACAAUAAAUAGAUCAU